GACACGGCUAAUUAGAAGCGAUGCGCACGCGGACUGACGCUCGUUGACACUGCAUCUCCAGUCCCUUCGCCCUGGCUCUCUCUUAACAUACAAAACAGCUGCAGACACUCGGACGCGCAGCGAAAACCAGAGAGACAAGCCGAUACAAGCAAGGACGCACGGUGUUGCAGAGGAGGACUGCCAGGAAACUCAAGAGCGUUUUACCUGUGAUGGUCUGAACAAACGAGAACUGAACUUAUUUGGAGACCUUAAAUUUGGCUUAAACAAGAGCAAGACAAACAACCAUCCCCGAGGAUCAAGAAGUAAAUUCACAAUCCAUAAAUGACACCGCACUUAUAACGGACGAUCACUGAAUUGAGAUUUAAGAUUUUGGCAAAGCUUUGGCAAAUGCUGAAACUGAAAUGACUACGUUUGCGACAUGUCGCUUCUGAGUUAUCCAAAGUGACCUCGCGAGCAGUGACAUGCUAGAUUGGCGUCCGUUUACACCGGAUUCGUAGAUCAAUGAAGAAUGCAGGAGUGUUUUGGAGCGCAGCGCACACACAGUUGAUGAAGCCGGCGGCGAGAACAUGCGUCUUUUGCCGGAGCCCAGCGCGCAGUCAUUGCGGCUCGUCUUUCUGCUGAUCUUCGUCAUGGGGGUGGCACCGUCCCCGGCUCUGACUGCUGGCUGUUCCGACCGCUGUGUAUGCGACGACCAGUUAGUGGCCCAGUGCGCCGGGCAACAGUUAACCCAAUUCCCCUCAGAUCUCCCGCUGGCCACCCGGCAGCUGAUCAUCUCCAACAACGAAAUAAAUGACUUGCCGGCACUGGACUUAAACUAUCUGGCCGACUUGAUCUACUUGGAUUGCAGCAACAACUCCCUGACACAAAUUUCAAGGUCGACCUUCGGUAACCUGCGCAAGCUUGCCUACUUGGAUCUGUCUUUCAACACUCUCACCAAAAUCGAGGAGCGGACGUUUGCACCUUUAAUCAGCCUUUUCAUGCUUAGGAUGACGGACAAUCCGGGGCUGUCGAAUAUCCACCCGUUGGCGUUCGCCGGCAACGCGGCGCUGCAGGUGCUGGACAUGAGCCGCAACAACCUGACCACGCUGAACGUCAGCUCGCUGGUCACGCUCCCCGCGCUCCGUUCGCUGGGACUCAGCGGGAACCCUUUGCGCUGCGACUGCUCCUCGGAGGACCUGUGCAUGUGGGUCCAGAUACAAAGCUUCAAGUUCCAAGACGAGGGUCAGACAGUGUGCCACAGCCCAGAGGCGAUGCAGGGCCGGCGCCUGGCCGAGCUGGGGAAGCAGCUACGCGCCGACUGUCACCGGGGUCUCGACUACUGGGACUACCUGUUCUUCACCGUCGUUGGCUUCAUCAUCUUCUCGGCGGGAACCAUCGCCGCGUGGGUGAUGGGCGUGUUCAUGGUGCUCUGUGAGCACUACAAAAAGAGCAAUGACGAGGACAACUGAGCCACCCUCUGCCACCGUCCAGGGCAGCGGGAACAACCAUGGCAACGGGGACCUAAGUUUGUCUUGUGCGGUGGUGGUGGGGGGGGCAACUUUGGUGACUGCAACAAAUCCCCCCUCAGCACCCUGAGCGCAGUGACACACAGACGAUGAUUAACAAGAGAGACAUGAAGGGGAUUUGAACUGGGGUUAGGGAGUGUGGAGGAGGACAAUAGUAAACCAUGCACAGAGAACGCUGGGGUUUGGAGUUUUUAUGAUGAAGUGCACCUUAAAAAUGUCUCAAUUUAGAAGUUAUUGAUAUAGAAAGAGUAACAGAGAAAUUAUAGUUAAGUAUAGAUAUUGAGGACUGGGCAUUUCUUUUCUAGGGGGCUGUGUUGAGUUAAUUACCAAGUAUUAUUAAGGAGUCGUUGGAGCCUAUAACUGAGUAGUAGUAGACUAAACCCAGGCACUGUGUGUAUUUGUGCUUGUGAGGUUUCACACACAAUGACAGAACUGUAAGGAGUUAAAAUGGAUCCUAUCGAGGUUGAACAUGGCUAAAAGACAGACAGACAGAGAAAAACGGACGGAGAGAGAGAGAGAGAGACGAAGAGAAAGAGAGAGGGCCAGAGUUUGAUCAUUUCCCUUUCAACAUCUUGAAACUGAGUGGAGUCAAUCGCUAAUUAAUGAUACUCGCAUAAACACACGAUCACAUAACACACUCAAAUAUACAUGCACUCGCACAAACACAAACUGUGUGUGUCUCUCUCUCUCACACACACACACACACACACACACACACACACGAGGGAGUGAUGUCAAGGGAUACACCUCUGUCAGGUCUCCGGACAGAGGGCGGGGAAGAGGGUUGCUAUGAACGACCUACACAGGAAAACAAAUGAAGAGGAGAAGGAGGAAGCAUGCACUGGACGAUCUGCUGCUGAGACUUUGGUUUGUGCUGGGGGGGGGCUGAUUGAUUAAGUAGAUUUAUUGAUUGAUUGACUGGAUUAGUCAGGAUACACCUGAUCUCAGUGAGCCUGUAUGCACUGUAACCGUAAGCCUUACACACACAACGUAACCCAUCCAGCAAUAUAGCACACCUGCACAGGUGGCACUGAGAGCAAUAGUGUGUGUUUAUGUGCAUCUCUGUGUGUCUGUGUGUGUG